UACCUCCCUAACCUACCUACUACCUACCUGAUCUGCCCCGCAACGUCGCCGAUGCGGGAGAACACGCUGUGACGGAGUGCAGCAAACGGACGUCGAGCAGCUACCCGGCUGCGUCUUUUCAGUUUUCCGGCGCACGCUGUGCUGUGUGCGUCUCUCUGCAGACGCUCAUGCUCUAUUGAGCGACACGACAGCUGCAGCCGCUUGUAGCCCGCCAUCAUUUUUUCUAUCCACCCUUCUCAGGCAUCAUGAGCGCCGAUUUGAACGAGAAGGCGCCGGACGCUGCCCCGGACGCGGCGCCGUCCGGCCGGGGCUCCAGCCACGGCGAUUCCACCGAGAACAACAAGGAAGCCGCCCUAGAUCUCUCCAAAGCCGACAGCAAGGUCGCCCAGGAGAAACAUGACGCCGCGCCCGAUCCGUUCGCCCAUCUUCCCGAGCGGGAGGCCAAGAUCCUCAAGGACCAGGUCUAUACCCCUGACAUCAAGGUCGGCAUGGGGACCCUCUACCGUUACUCCUCGCGCAACGACCUCCUCAUCAUCUUCGUGGCUGCCGUCUGCGCCAUCGCCUCCGGCGCCGCCCUGCCCCUGAUGACCGUCGUGUUCGGCAACCUGCAGGGCACCUUCCAGGACUACUUCACCCCGGGUUCCAAGACGACGUACGACGAGUUCACCAGCGAGCUGUCGAGGCUGGUGCUGUACUUCGUCUACCUGGCCAUCGGCGAGUUCGUCACCUCCUACAUCUCCACCGUCGGCUUCAUCUACACGGGCGAGCACAUCAGCGCCAAGAUCCGCGAGCACUACCUCGAGAGCUGCAUGAGGCAGAACAUCGGCUUCUUCGACAAGCUCGGCGCCGGCGAGGUCACCACCCGCAUCACAGCCGACACCAACCUGAUCCAGGAGGGCAUUUCGGAGAAGGUGGGCCUGACGCUCUCGGCCGUGGCCACCUUCGUCGCCGCCUUCAUCAUCGGCUUCGUCAGCUACUGGAAGCUGACGCUGAUCCUGCUGAGUACCGUGGUGGCCCUGCUGCUCUGCAUGGGCACGGGCUCACGCUUCAUCGUUAGGUUCUCGAGGCAGAACAUCGCCGCCUAUGCCCAGGGCGGCUCAGUUGCCGAGGAGGUCAUCAGCAGCAUCCGCAACGCCGUGGCCUUCGGCACCCAGGACCGCCUGGCCAAGCAGUAUGACAGCCACCUCAUCCGCGCCGAGACCUACGGCUUCAAGCUCAAGAGCGCGCUCGGCGUUAUGAUCGCCUGCAUGAUGACUAUCCUGUACCUCAACUACGGCCUGGCCUUCUGGAUGGGUUCCCGCUUCCUCGUCGACGGCUCCGUGCCUCUGAGCAAGGUCCUGAUCGUAAUGAUGAGCGUCAUGAUCGGGGCCUUUAACUUGGGAAACGUCGCUCCGAACCUCCAGGCGUUCACGACCGCGCUGGGCGCCGCGGCCAAGAUCUACAGCACUAUCGACCGCCAGUCGCCGAUCGAUCCGUCCAGCGACGAGGGUGCCAAGCUCGACAAGGUGGUUGGCACCAUCCGCCUGGAGCGCAUCAAGCACAUCUACCCCUCGCGUCCUGAAGUCGUCGUCAUGGAUGACGUCUCGCUCACAAUCCCGGCCGGCAAGACCACGGCCCUGGUCGGCGCCUCGGGAAGCGGAAAGUCGACCAUCGUCGGCCUGGUGGAGCGGUUCUACUCGCCGAUUGAGGGAGCCGUAUACUUGGACGACGUGGAUAUCUCGACCCUCAACCUCCGGUGGCUGCGUCAGCAGAUCGCGCUCGUGUCGCAGGAGCCCACGCUCUUCAGCACCACAAUCUACGAAAACAUCCGCCACGGUUUGAUUGGGACGAAGUGGGAGAACGAGAGCCCCGAGAAACAACGGGAGCUCAUCUACGAGGCGGCGAAGAAAGCCAACGCUCAUGACUUCGUCACCUCGCUCCCGGAAGGGUACGAGACGAACGUGGGCGAGCGCGGUUUCCUGCUCAGCGGCGGCCAGAAGCAGCGUAUCGCCAUCGCCCGUGCCGUGGUCUCCGAUCCCAAGAUCCUGCUGCUCGAUGAGGCGACCAGCGCGCUGGAUACGAAAUCGGAAGGCGUCGUGCAGGCUGCCCUAGAGGCGGCAUCGGAGGGUCGCACCACCAUCACGAUCGCGCAUCGGCUGUCGACCAUCAAGGACGCCCACAACAUUGUUGUCAUGUCCCAGGGCCGCAUUGUGGAGCAGGGCACGCACGACGAACUGCUGGAGAAGCGCGGCGCGUACUACAACCUCGUUACCGCGCAGGCCAUCGCGGCCGUCAACGAGAUGACGGCCGAGGAGGCGGAAGCCCUGGAUAAGGAGGCGGAAGCGGCUCUCAUCCGGAAGGCUUCGACUCGCAACAAGGAAAGCGGAGCCGGCGCGGUGCCCCAAGAUCCGGAUGACGACAUCCAAGCCAAGCUCCAGCGCAGCCAGACGCAGCAGAGCGCCAGCUCGGCGGCCCUGGCCGCGCGGACGGCGCAGGCUCAGAAGAAGUACAGCCUCUGGACGCUGAUUAAGGUGAUCGCCAGCUUCAACAAGGAGGAGUGGAAAUUCAUGUUGAUCGGUCUCUUCUUUUCUGCCAUCUGUGGCGGCGGCAACACGACGCAGGCCGUGUUCUUUGCCAAGCUUAUCAGUGCUCUUUCGGAACCAGUCACCGAGGCAACGAUCCCGCACAUCCGGUCCGAAGCGUCGUUCUGGUGCCUCAUGUACCUGAUGCUCGCCAUUGUCAUGUUCAUCUCGUUCGUCUCGCAGGGCGUCGCCUUCGCCAAGUGCAGCGAGCGACUGAUCCAUCGGGUCCGCGACAAGUCGUUCCGGUCCAUGCUGCGCCAGGAUGUCGAAUACUUCGACCUCGAUGAGCACUCAGCCGGCGCGCUCACCUCGUUCCUGAGCACAGAGACGACCCACGUGGCCGGCCUCAGCGGCUCGACCCUCGGAACGAUCAUCAUGGUGACGACGACCCUGGUCGCCGCGUGUACGGUGGCGCUCUCCAUAGGGUGGAAGUUGGCGCUCGUGUGCAUUGCGACCAUGCCCAUCGUUAUUGGCUGCGGGUUCUUCCGCUUCUGGAUGCUGGCGCACUACCAGCGGCGCGCGAAGCGUGCCUACCAAGGCUCGGCGAGCUACGCCUCGGAAGCGAUCACGGCUAUUCGCACGGUCGCCGCGCUGACGCGGGAAGAGGACGUCCUCGCGCAGUACAGGAGGUCGCUUGCGGUGCAGCAGCGGGCCAGUCUCAUCUCGGUUCUCAAGUCCAGCACGCUGUACGCGGCCUCGCAGUCGUUCAUGUUCUUCGCCUUUGCCCUCGGCUUCUGGUACGGCGGCACCCUGAUUGCGAAGUACGAGUACACCAUGUUCCAGUUCUUCGUCGUCUUCUCGUCCGUCAUCUUCGGCGCGCAGUCGGCAGGGUCCGUCUUCAGCUUCGCGCCGGACAUGGGCAAGGCGGUCGAGGCGUCGCGCGAGCUCAAGACGCUCUUCGACCGCAAGCCGGUGAUCGACACGUGGUCGGCCGAGGGCGAGAAGGUCGAGGCGAUCGAGGGCCACAUCGAGUUCCGCGACGUGCACUUCCGGUACCCGACGCGGCCGGAGCAGCCCGUGCUCCGGGGCCUCAACCUGAGCAUCUCGCCGGGCCAGUACGUCGCCCUCGUGGGAGCGUCGGGCUGCGGCAAGUCGACGACGAUCGCGCUGCUGGAGCGCUUCUACGACGCGCUGUCGGGCGGCAUCUUCGUCGACGGCAAGGAGAUCAGCAGCCUCAACGUGAACGAUUACCGCAGCUUCCUCGCGCUGGUGUCACAGGAGCCGACGCUGUACCAGGGCACGAUCCGCGAGAACAUCCUGCUCGGGGCGCCGCACGAGGUGUCGGACGAGCAGAUCACGUUUGCGUGCAAGGAGGCCAACAUCUACGACUUCAUCCUGUCGCUGCCCGACGGCUUCAACACGGUGGUCGGGUCCAAGGGGGCGCUGCUCAGCGGCGGACAGAAGCAGCGCAUCGCGAUCGCGCGGGCGCUCGUGCGCGACCCCAAGAUCCUGCUGCUCGACGAGGCAACCAGCGCGCUCGACUCGGAGAGCGAGCACGUGGUGCAGGCGGCGCUGGACAAGGCGGCCAAGGGCCGCACGACCAUCGCGGUGGCGCACCGGCUCAGCACGAUCCAGAAGGCCGACAUCAUCUACGUCUUCGACCAGGGCCGCAUCGUGGAGCAGGGCACGCACGUCGAGCUGAUGAAGCGGAACGGGCGGUAUGCCGAGCUGGUGAACCUGCAGAGUCUGGAGAAGCACAGGUGAUUACUAGAUCGUCUGGGGGUUGCUGGUGAAGGGUGGAGAUAUUUGCUGGCGUUGGGGACAUAGACGGCGGGCAGACUUGAAACCCGAUUGCAGGAUAUCAUCUCGGUGGGCUGUUUUGAGUAAUAGGC